CCUGGUACCGGACCGGAAGUUCGGUCGAACUGAGGGAAAAUGGCCACCGGGAAAGAGGUCGAUUGGUGAUUCUAAUAAUAUUUUUUUAAAAGACACACAGAAACAAGAGGUCGGGCGUUGAGAUACCUCCAUAAGUGGCUGGCGAUGGCACGGGAAGCGAGUUCGAAGUUUGUUGGAGAGUCAUGACUUUAUGCCUGUAUUCAUGAUUUCAGUUCUGAUACCUGAGGCCUGAUUCCUUUCAUAAUGUAUCACGCUUUGGAGUAUGCGUUGGACCGCGCAGAGUACAUAAUUGGAUGUGCCAGGCAACGACCUCCAAAAAGAAGGCAUUCAUCUAGUGGAAGGAAAUCUGUACAUCAGAAACUGUAUGACUUGUACAUGGAAGAAUGUGAAAAAGAACCAGAGCUGAAGAAAUUAAGGCGAAAUGUUAACCUGCUGGAGAAACUGGUUAUGCAAGAAAGAGUGUCAUGUCUUGUGAUAAAUCUGUAUCCUGGAAAUGAAGGUUACUCGCUGAUGCUUCGAGGGAAAAAUGGAUCAGAUUCGGAAACAAUCCGGUUGCCUUAUGAGGAGGGAGAGUUGCUGGAAUACUUGGAUGCAGAGGAGCUACCACCGAUUCUUGUAGAUCUUUUGGAAAAAUCUCAGGUGAAUAUUUUUCACUGUGGAUGUGUUGUAGCUGAAGUACGAGAUUAUCGGCAGUCUGGUCAUGUGAAAGCACCUACAUACCAAAGCAGGCAUAUAUUACUUCGGCCUACAAUGCAGACCUUGAUUUGUGACGUACAUGCAAUAACAAGUGACAACCACAAAUGGACACAGGAUGACAAACUUGUCCUUGAAAGCCAGCUGGUGCUCCAUACAGCCGAGCCCCUUUGCCUAGACCCUUCCUUCACGGUAACAUGCACAACCAACAGGCUUGUCUAUAACAAACAAAAGAUGAACACAAGACCAAUGAAAAGGUGUAUGAAGCGGUACUCCAGGCCAGCAUUGAAUAGACAGCAGGAGAUAGCCCAAUUCACGCCGCCACCUCAUCUUAAAUUGUUUGAUUAUCUACAAAAGAGAAAGGAAAGAAAGCCAGUACCACCCAUUGACCUUAAAAUUUCAAGAGCUGGAAGUUGUGUUGAUAUGUGGAAGCAAAAUCCAUGCCAGCUCGCUGUGCCAUCUGAAAUUGAUGUGGAAAAGUAUGCAAAGGUGGAAAAAGCUAGCAAACCUGAUGACUCGCAAACAGCUGCCUGGCCAAUCCAUGAAGCAAAUGAUGAAUACGUUUUUGAGUGGGAAGGAACAGAUCGAGUUCAUGCCUCCAAAUUAACAAUUUACCAGUCAUCAGAUGACCCUCUCUUUUAUGGUAAGAUACAAAUGACGAAGGACCCCAAACCAGAGGAAGAAAACGAACACUUGGUUACUCACAUCCCGUUCCCAAUAGGUACGAAAGCAGAAGCUGACAGGUUUGUAAAGCAGUAUUUUGAGGUUUUGCAGCAGGACACCAAGUGCCCAGUGAAGUUUUCCCACAAUUCAGCUGGCGCAGUGAGCCAGAGUCACUUGUCUCCAGGAAAAGAAAUUGAGCAAUCUGAAGAAAUUUCUGGAUCUGUCCAGUCUUCUAUACUGGGGAAGGGUGUGAAGCACCGACCUCCAUCCAUUAAACUCCCUAGUAGCUCAAGUAGCAGCUCUUCAGGAAAUGUCUUUAGCCCAUUGCAACCAAGUGGCCAUCUGAAAUCCACAACACCCCCUCCUACCACCACCAAAAGUGCUAGUUUGUCUAGAAAACAUUCUACGGAUUUUAAUCAAGUGAACAUCCUCUCACCACCUGCCAUGUCUCCAGUGGGUUCGUCACAAAGAUCUGGGACACCCAAGCCAUCUACCCCCACACCAACCAACACCCCUUCAUCAACUCCACACCCUUGUGAUGUCCAAACCCCAGCAUCUACAGCCACUCCCACAGCUACUCCUUCUACACAAGAAUCAGGCCUCAAUCCGCAGACCCUUUUAACCCCUUUUGCCCAACAGCAGAUGGCUCUCAGUCAAGCUCUGCCAGUAAUGACCAUACCUCUUUCCAGUAUGGUAACUUCCAUUACAACAGGGAGUUCAUCCACCCAGGUGAUGACAAACCCAGCGGGUCUCAACUUCAUCAAUGUAGUGGGCUCUGUUUGUGGAGCACAGACAUUGAUGAGUGGUUCAAAUCCCAUGCUGGGGAAUAAUACUGGUGCCAUAACUCCUACAGGCAUAAAUCUAAGCAGCAUUAUACCACCAGCAGGACUGGUGCCAAGCUCCCUGCCAGCUGCCAUGCAAUCUGCAGCUCAAGCAGGUGGUUCAUUUGUUGGUUUAAAAAAUACUCCUGGUUUCCGACCUCUGAAUUUGCUUCAGCUGUCAAGUUGCCCGCCAGUGAUCUUCAAUCCACUACAGCAGCAACAGCUCCCCCAGUUUUCUCAGCAACAGUCAUCCCAGCAGUCUGCAACCUCCAGCCCUCAACAGCAGGGAGAACAGAAUUCUGACCAGGUUCCAGCUAGCCAGGAGCAGGCUUUGGCAGCUCAGCAGACUGCAGUCAUCAACCUGGCAGCAGGUUUUGUGCCUCCACAGGCUGCAGCAGUUACGAUACUUGCAACAUCAAAUGGCUAUAGCAGUUCAGCUUCGGCAACAACAGCAGCAGCAACAGCAACAGCAUUCAGGCAGCCAGUCAAAAAGUAAAAGGAAAAGAGGGACUCCUACUCCACCCAAAUCAUAAACCAUCUCAUGUUUCUAACUUUAAGAUUGCUUCUUGAACUUAAUAUUAUUUUUUGUGGUGAAGUGAAUUUUUUUUUUAAAUAUUUUUUUAAAAAUGAAACCCAGCCAUUGUAUAUAGUAUAAUCUUUUGUUUCAGCAAGAAGUCAUUUUGUUAACUUAGUUUAAAAAAACUUGUACAUAAUGAUUUGAAAGAAAAAAACAUUUAUUGUACAGUCAAACUUACAAUAGGAUUAACUAUUUUCUCUCUUUCACAUUUAUUGUGGGUGUUACACUCUUCAUCACUUCAGUGAGCAGUUUAUGGACUUCUCUGUGUCUCGUUUGUGCACGAACAAUGCAGUCCUGGAGUUUCUCACUGGAGAGACCACUCCCCCCUCCAUAUGGAAAGAAAAAGAUAAGAUAAUUGGUAACAAAAACAGGUUGAUGUUCUUAUUGAUAUAGAAAACUUCCAAAGAAUGACAGAUUUUGUAUUUUAAAUCAAUGCUGUUAACAAAAAUUGGAAUUAGGUACUGAAGUGGCAAUAGCUAAAGUGCAAGUCUUUUGAAAAAGUGGCUUGCGCAUCUUAUUUGAAGGCUAAAGCACUGAAUAUUGUAAAACCUAGACAAAUCCUUGUACAGAAUGUGAACACAAUUAUGCAGUUCAACAAAAUUAUUAAUUAAAACUUGUUUUUUAAAUCCAAA